ACAGCUGGGACUGGGCGGCCCUGCGAACCAGCAUAGCGGCUCACGGGCUGAGGAACUUCUAGUGGCGCCCAUGCCCACUCCCUGCUGGUGCCUCCUUCUUAUGCCAACUUCUCUCCAUGUGCUUCACUCCCCUCCUGCAGGUAUCUUGCAGCCUGACAUGUGGGGGGUCACUCACCCCUACAGACAGCUGGGACUGGGCGGCCCUGCGAACCAGCAUAGCGGCUUACGGGCUGAGGAACUUCUAGUGGCGCCCAUGCCCACUCCCUGCUGGUGCCUCCUUAUGCCAACUUCUCUCCAUGUGCUUCACUCCCCUCCUGCAGGUAUUUUGCAGCCUGACAUGUGGGGGGGCGUGUUGCAACCGGACAUGUGGGGAGUGACUCCCUCUGACCGCUGGGACUGGGCAGCACUGAGAGCCGACAUAGCGGCCCACGGGCUAAGGAACUCCCUGCUGGUGGCACCCAUGCCUACAGCUUCGACCAGCCAAAUUCUGGGGAACAACGAGUGCUUCGAGCCUUACACCUCCAACAUCUACUCGAGACGAGUGCUGAGCCAGAUCCUGGGGAAGAACGAGUGCUUCGAGCCGUACACCUCCAACAUCUACUCAAGACAAGUGCUGAGUGGCGAGUUCGUGGUGGUGAACAAGCAUCUGCUCAACGACUUGACACAUCUGGGCCAGUGGUCGCCUGACCUGAAGAACGAGAUCAUGUACCGCAACGGGUCUGUGGAGGGGAUAGACGAGAUCCCGCAGCGCCUGAGAGAUAUUUACAAGACGGUGUGGGAGAUGAAGCAGAGGGCCAUCGUGGACAUGGCAGCAGACAGGGGGGCGUAUAUCGACCAGAGCCAGUCGCUCAACAUCCACAUGGAUGCUCCCACGUUCGGCAAGCUGACAUCUCUACACUUUUACACGUGGGGCAAGGGCUUGAAGACGGGAAUGUACUAUCUAAGAACGAGGGGAGCAGCAGAUGCCAUCAAGUUCACAGUCGAUGCUGAAGCUGCCAAAAGGAGUCAGGAGAGGAGGGUGAAGGAGGCAGAGAUGCAAGCCAGGCUCGCAGAGAUGACAUGCUCCUUGGAGAACAGAGAUGGCUGCAUUUCAUGCGGCAGUUGA